GCCUGGCACUGCAGUUGCAAAGGGUUAAGGACUCGCACUCGCGCUCUAGGUUGACUCUUACGUGCAGUCUGGUCUUUCGGUUACGGGUUCUCUCAAAGAUGAGGUUGAAGAACAAGCACUACCUGGCUUUAUUGCUGCUUCUCAUUACCAUUGGCCUUUACUUUCUUCUCUUUGGUCAGGGUGACAAUGAUGGAACAGAUGACAUGCCUUGGGAGAGCCGUCGUGUUCUGCGCUUUGAUCUGAUCACUCGUGACCCAUCUCGAGUUGUCUCUUACAAUUACCCAAUCACUAAUAACUACACCCUCAGCAACAUAACCAUUGACUUGUCCAAGGUCGAGCCUGAUUGGAAGGAACUGGACCAUCGGAUGGUUGUUGUGACAGGAUUCAACCAGCAUCUAGCUUACAUUGGGCUUGGAAUGAUAGCCUCAGUCCAGGCACAUAUGCCCCUCAAGAAAGUCAUUGUCUAUAACUUGGGAAUCCAUCCCAAAAUUGUUAAAUCUAUGCAACAGAUGUGUAAUGUGGAGGUUCGACGCUUCAACUUUGACAAGUACCCAAAGCAUUUGUACAAAACGGACAACAAAGCAUGGAGAGUUUUUGCCUUAUUAGACAUCCUGAAUGAAUAUGGAGCGUUCUUCUUUGUUGAUCCUCACAUCCGUUUCCGUGCCCCACUCAAUCUCCUGUUUCCAUUCAUCAUACCCCACAAAGGACUCAUCGCCAAACCGGACAAAAAGAACACAACUUUAGAGACUACCCACCCUUCCUUGUAUCAUCUCUUUGGUCUUCACAUCGAUGACUUUAAGAAACAUUUUCCUAAUGGCCCUGCUGCGUCCCAGGAUGCAUUGCUGGUUGUAAAUAGCUCCUAUCUUCAUACAAAAUUGUGGAGUCCACUUAUUGCCUGCGCCUCAAAGCUGAAAUGCAUUGCGCCGUUUGGAGCCGUUUCAAAUGAUGUGGUGCCAUACGGUCGAACACACACUCACAGGUUUGAUUUCACAGCGGUGACAUUGUUGAUGUACAGGGCGUUUAUGUCCAGCUGGUAUAAAGACACUAGGCUGAACAUGAUGUUGGAUAAGACUAUAGAUUAUGUUGAACCUGGUGGUGUACACGAUUAUAUAUGGGCACAUUAUUGUAAUCCACCCAAGAGUGAAAUUGACUGCAGUGUUCAAAAGAAUAGGUGCUAAUGCUGAAUGUAUAUAUACCAAUAAUUCUUGGGUGACAUUUAGUCAGUAUUGUCAAACCUUCCCAAAAACUUAUGGAUAGACUUUCAUUGAUGGCUGCAAAUGUGUAAGAGCAAUUAAUGCCAUUGUCAUGACUGGAACAUUUUUGAGGAAAAAAAAGUUUGGUAGUUCUUGUGAUUCUGGUGAAAGUUACAACUUCAUGUAUGAGCAAAGAAAUGAUUCAAGAAGGAUUUGAACCUGUGACUUCCACAAUCUGCAACCUUUUGAACACCCUACCCAUAUUCUACCAACAGAGCUGUCCAACCCCAUUUGGUUGUUUCCUCUAUAUUUGUGAGAAGCUAUAAACCUGUAUAGCAUAGAACCACUGGAAUCACACCCAGGGUCAUUAUAAGAAGGCCUGUUUGUUUUAUGUGGAUCAGGAUCCGUAAUCAGACAUUUGUUCAUGUCAACCAGACCCUGCCUGAUGAAUGGAGCGAAGCAGCAUUGGUAUUAAUGAUCCAGAUCCGUGUGGAAAAUCACUCCCAGAAGUAACAUAACGCAACAGUGGGACUUUUGUCAAGUUUUAGGUAGCGUAUGUGUACUUUGCAGCAGUCGUACCAGUACAUUCCGUCUCCAUUAGUCACUUUUGACAAUUUCAAGUGAGUAGGUUAGAGUUGGCCAUCAAGUUAUUUGAACCAGUUCAUCAGUACAACUUCUACAAUGCAAGCUCAGCUUUUUGCAUUGCGGUGUAUCUGUCAUUAAGUACUUGAGUUAUGCAUUUAAAUUUAUGCUAUUAAGGAGAUUGUCUGAAUUGAACCUACUACUACAUAUAUCUUCAUUUUCAGAUGUCACCUUAAAUCCUUCAAAUAAUUAUUUUCGUUAGGAGUCAGUGUAUAUUAACUUGUUGCUCACUUCUGCUAGGGAGAAUACAGUUCCCUUUAGACCUGUGAAAAACCAGUGGUAUAUUCUUGACAUUGAACAAAAUUGAGACCUGAUGUGAUGGGGCCUAGCUAUGCAACCCCAGAUUCCUCAUACAUGUUUAUUCAUAAAUGGGUAAAAUUUGGAAAGAUUUGACGGGGCUUAAUCCAAACAGUCCUCAAUCCUCCAAUUUCAGUAUAAUUUUUAUAUACACCCUUUUGAGUUAGGGUUAACAAGUCGAACAUUUUGCUAAUUACAUAGAUUUGUUUUUACAUCUUUACUGCCGUGUUGUGUGAAAAGUUUUAAAUAGUGCCAAGUACGACAUGCUUUUAUGUCAACAUUUGUAGAUCAAGUUGUACAGCUGUAUUUUGGACUUGAGGUCGAUAGUUGAAACUGUAAAAUGUUUUAUAUUUGUCAGCAUUGAAGUCAAUACCUUAAGGCUUGAGACCACAUACUUCAGGUUCUACAGUAUGUAAAUGAGUAAUUGAGACAGGUACUGUAGUCAUGUACAUGAACAUACACAUGGAGGAAUUCAGUAACUAUUUUUUAAUGUAUUUAUAUGAUGAUACCAAAGGCAAAUCCGAGUUGACUUGCAAGUGCUCUUAAUAUUUGUUUUGCAAUUUUAAGUAGAUUUUUUUAAAGUUUAUUAAAAUUAAGUUGUACUUAAACGUCCAAAGAUAUAUAUUUUUAUCUUCCUGUCUUAUACAUGUACGUGUAUGCUAUAAUUAUAUUUAUUCCAGUACUUUAAACAUUCCUGUUUUCAGUUGAGUUUCAAAGUUUGCGUUAUGAUUGUACAUCAUAAAAUGUCAAGUUGUAGUUAGCCCUGAUAUUGUAAAUUAUAAUUUCCAGUUUGUUAUUUUUAGUCCAUGUAGGUUUAAUAUACAUCAUUAAUAGCAUUUUGGAACGUGCAGCAGAGUUUGUAUUCUUGGACAUUACAAUAUAGUUUUGUAAAUGACAAAACAGUCCCUUUGUGUGGGUUCAUAAGUAUACAUAUUUGAAGUAAACAUUGAUUCCUGAAACUUCAUUUUGAAUCAUUUCAAUAAAAACAACCAUUUGUGCUAAGUAUUCCUACAGGGGGUCACACUACAUGUACAUGACAUUAAAAAUUAAAUGGGAGAAUUUGAGACAGUAGAAUUGUGACACUUCACCUUCAAAAUCUUCCUUUGUCAUUUCAGCUUUGACAUCAACAGAAGUCACGUUUUUACACUAUGGUCACAGCAGGAAUCAGUGAAUAGAGUUUAAAUAAUAACUUAAUAUUACUGCUGAUAGGUUUGCUCCAUCAUAAAUGUGACUGUUUACCCGGAAAUUGCAUGCCUGUACAAAUUUUAAGGUCAGUGCUUUCACUCAUUUUUAUUUAAAUUUCAUUUUUCUAGUUAAAUAUCUACCACUUGAUGUAGAGUAUAUUUACCACAAACUUAUCUAUGCAGUAAGAGGAUAAAAACGAGAGUUUAACCAAACACCUCAAAAUUCACACCAGUUAAACACACGUUACUAUGUAAAUGUGCACUUUCUUUAUUCAUUACAACAGAGAUGUGCAGCAUAAAACAACUCAUAUUACAAUAUAGAAUACCAAAACAAAUAUGUCAUGCGCACAAUCUUGUGUUUAAAAGGCAUUAGCAUGAGAACCAGUGCUUGAACCAGCACGUGUGUGUCCCAUUUGUUUGCACUGCACUUCCUGGUUCAAAAUGACGUAACUCUCCGGUACUCUGUAGUCAUCAAAGACAGUAAAGUUACAUGUACCUACAUUUUACAGUUGAUGCCUGUAUCACACUGCUCGCACAAAUGGUUGACAAAUGUAUGUUGAGGAAUUUGUUCUAUCUCCGACAGUUAACCAUGAACACAAAUUUUAUUUUUACUGCUCUGUAAAACUGAACGCAUGUGCAUAUACAUGUAUGUCUUCCAAAGUAAUUAACACUUUUAACAUUUAAUUUGAACAAAUGAGAGACAAUCAUACAGGUUUUAUUCUAAUAAUCACUGAUGUCAGUUUUAUACAAAGUUUAAUUUCUAUGCAAGAUGGUCUAUAGAUGGUCUAUAGAUCAACAACAUCGUAAAAUAUCUUGAAUGGUAUUUUCAUCUACAUGUACAUUCAGCCCACUUUGAAAAUAUAUGGCAAAUUAUGUGUUCAUUUCUGCACAAGACAAACUGGCAAACAAAUACACAGGAAUCCUUAUUUGUUCGGGUUACUGUUCUUUCCAUGCAUUUGUGAAUUACAGCUUUUAAGCAAUCAAACUGUCUUGUAUUCAGAGAGUGUGACAUGGCAUUUCACAUCCAAAUUGGCAUUUUUUUAAAAGUUACAAGCGUGUGUGCAUAGUGAAAUAAAGCUGUACCGGUACUUUAAGUGCAAAUUGCAUUUUAGGACAUGUACUUCAAAACACAAGCCCCAAAAUGGAUUCAAACAAUCCAUUUCUUUCUGUGCCUUUAAGUACUUUUUUUAAAGACUGAAGCCAUUAUUCUGAAGUUUAAGUACAUGUGCAUGUACCACUAUCCAAGCAAUAAGUUGUCUAGCUUCACCAUACAAAUUGUCUAAAUGCAGAUCAUAUUACUUUAGUGUACGUAAAUCACUGUAUUUUGAUCACUGCAAUAAAAGCAAUCCAAAUAAAGCUAAGCACAAGUUCUGUA